AUGCAAAUAUUCGUCAAAUCUGUGACAGGUAAAACACUUACCCUGCAAAUCGAAAGGAAUGAUCACAUUGAGAAGAUCAAAUCGCAAAUUUCGGAAAAGGAAAACAUUCCCACAUGUCAGCAACGACUGCUCUUUGGUGGUAAACCAUUGCAAGAUCUGAAAACUGUGUUGGAUUACGAUAUUCAACAAGAAAGUACUAUACACUUGUUGUUGAGUUUGAAGGGAGGUAAAAAAAAGAAACGAAAAAAAAGGAUCUGUGUAGUUCCUCGUCCCAAAAUUCAUCGCCACAAAAACAUUGUUCUUUUACCAAUUACGACAAACAUUUAUGAAAUUCGAGCAAAAGAUGGGUUCAUUAUUUGCAACAGAAGGACCUGUCCAAAAUGUGGUCCUGGUGUCUUAAUGGCUUCUCAUGAAAAUAGACAAUAUUGCGGACGAUGCCAUUUGUCUUUAUUCCAUUCAUCAAUCAAAACAAGCAAUAUGUAA